UCGUAUUUCUUUCUAAACUCAAAAAAUUACGCUGAUAUAUUCCAAAAAAAUAAUCAAAAUAAAUUGAUGUUAUUAUAUUACUAUCAAACAAAAACUGCCGAUAUUACUGUGAAUCUCUGCGUUUAAGCGCGUAAAAAGUCGUUUGUUUACGUUUGGACAGCCAGACAAUUUUGAAAACACGCGGGCAAAUCGUUGUGGCUGCAAUUUCGAGAUAUCUUUAAUUGUGAUUUUGUCAACGAAAAUAAAAAACAUCUCGUUUAUUUGAUUGCCACAAAAAUCAACAAUCGCAGACUCCACCGAAUCAGCAUCUUUGUGGAAGCAAAAGACGCCCGCCCACCAACAGCAACAACCAGCUUCCUCCCAUUGUUGUUUUUGUGUCUCUCUCUUUGUGUUUGUGUGUGCGUGUUUUGUGCAACAAAGUCAAAGUCGGCGUCGAUGCUGCGAAACGUGAAAUGCAAAUUAUUGCAAUAGCAACAAACAACAAUCACUGCGGCAACAACAACGAAAACAAAACGGUUUCGCGUGUGUUGAAAAAAUAUUGUAUUUGCAAAUAGCAACAACAAGCAGAACAGCGUGUGAGAGGGAGACACGAAAAUAUUGCGCGCCAAAAGCGAAAGAAGGAUUACACAAAAGCAACAACAACACAAGCAGAGAGACCAAUUGGGAAAAAAGGAGAAGCUGUGCAGAAGGAGAAGCUGAAAAGAAGAAAAACAGCAGAAGCUGUGCGGAGGUCAAAGCGAAAACAGAAUCUGGAAGCAGAAGCUGCGAAAUAGCAGCAGCACACGCAGGAAGUUAGAGCAGGACAGCAAUCGAAAGCAGCUGAGAGGACAAACAGCGCCACAACAAAAACGGGAUAACAAAUCAAAACAACAGCACAAGAGAGAGCGAGCUCUGGAAUUCCAGUAUCCUCUCUCCCUUCCACUCAUCGCAAUAUAUUCUACCCACCACAGCACGAAAGGGACGUGGAAAGGAGCAAUAAACACUUGAAGCAUUUGGGCUCUGUGAUACCGCAUUCAGGCACAGUUCGGCGGAGUCAGAGAACGAGGCCGGAACGACAAUGAUGUCAAUGAGCAGCUCCCCACCGGCAACGCCAACGGGCGUACAGACCGACUCCGAGGGCCUCAUAUUGCCCAAAAAGCUGAUCAAUCCCUGUAUUGAGAACACCGAUCGCAAGGAGCUGCAUCGAGAGUUGAAAUUCAAUGCCAGAAUUGGCAAGAGUGUGCUCAACCAGAAAUCGGAACUCCAGCGUGCCUACGACAAGCAGAAGGAGCGACAUGCGGCCGCCGAGCAGCAUUCCCCCGAUGCGGAACUGGUGGGCGGCAUACCCGGGCUCAAGGGCGAGCUGGGGCGUGUGAUUUUGGAGCGCGCCCAGAAGCAUGAGGCGGCGGCUCAAAAGCAGGAUGCCGAUGAGGCCGAGGAUCGGCAGUAUGUGAAUCCCGAAUAUCUGAAUGUACGCGCCAAGCUGCGCACGGCGAAUGGACCCAACUAAAAGGAGGAUGCAAUGCAACCACCACCCCCCCCGACCCUCGACUUAUCAUAAUUAACUUUUAAAGAAGAGAUGUAACCAAAUUGAAACGAAAUAUGUUUAAUGUGUUGACUUUGUGAACUGUUUUCAUUUUGAUAUUAUGCAAAACUAGUUGUAUUGUUUAAACCUAGACCUAAGCCAUUUACUUUAGUGUUAGCUGCUAAUUUUAGUUAACGUUUCUUGGACUAAUUUCACCCCCCCCCCCCCUCUUAAUUUCGAUGUGUGUGUGUAUAAACCAUUUGUAUAAAGUUUUCGUUUCUUUAAGAAGUCUAUUCUUCCAACAAAAAAACCAAAACAAAAACACAAACCACAAAACAAAUAUUGUAUCUAGUGUAGUUAUAUGUGAACGUAUAUGAUAUGAUGUGUAUCUAUAUCUUUAUCUAUAUAUAUAUUAGUGUGAGAUCGAUAGUGCUGUAAACAGGGCAAAAGUGUUAGAUCGUAAGACAGAGAUAGAGACCGAAACCGGGAGAAUGAUAUUGAUCUACAAAAACAAAAAAAAUAAACUAUUUUAUGUCAACAACAAAAACAGAACAAGCAAAGGAAAAAUUUGAAACAGAUUACAGAACUAUAUACAAUAUAUAUCUAUAUACAAAUUUAGUUUCUGGAAUUAAUAAAUUUUAUUG